UGGUUCUCUUGCAGAAUUGAUUACCUUCAUAAACCUUGCUCUGAAACCCAGAAGAUAACACAACGCAAAGAAUCCCUUUCCACAAGAAUCUACCAGUUAUUGAAAAUCGAUGGUUUUUAUUGAGAACUCCCUUCGAAUCAAAUCAGUUGGAAUACAAUGUCGGUGACUGUGCACACAAACCUAGGUGACAUCAAGUGCGAAAUCUUCUGCGACGAGAUUCCCAAAACCUCCGAGAACUUUUUGGCGCUGUGUGGAAGUGGUUACUAUGAUGGGACUAUAUUUCACCGCAACAUUAAGGGUUUUAUGAUUCAAGGUGGAGAUCCCACUGGAACUGGCAAAGGGGGAACCUGUAUAUGGGGCAAGAAAUUUAAUGAUGAGAUACGAGAAUCACUGAAGCAUAAUGCAAGGGGAAUAUUGGCAAUGGCUAACAGUGGUCCAAAUACUAACGGAAGUCAGUUCUUCAUAACUUACGCAAAACAGCCACAUUUAAAUGGGCUAUACACUGUGUUUGGAAGAGUAAUUCAUGGAUUCGAAGUUCUUGAUCUCAUGGAAAAGGUAUUUCAUUCUUCCGUAAUUAUUGUAAUUGCUUAUUCUCUUUUUAAAAAAUUAUUUGGUUGAAGUUUAAGCUGAUUUCUUGGUCUUG